AUGUUUGGUGAUGGAGAGGGCACUGUGUGGGACCGGGUCGGGCGGCCCCACCGGGACUGUAUGUGCUACCUUGGACCUCCUACUUUGAUGCCGAUCGGGAUGCGCAAGUCUCCCGACGUGAGCCCCAGAAGGCUUUCGGACAUCAGCCCUCAGCUCAGACAGCUGAAGUACCUGGUGGUGGACGAGGCCAUCAAAGAGGAGCUGAAGUCCUCGCGCUCAGUUGAGGACAUCAACAGCGCAUCCAUAGAGGAGCGGAUAUUGCGAAUCACUGGCUAUUAUGGAUAUCAGCCUUGGAGUGCAAGCUGCAAGAGAGAAGACCGCAUCAGGGAGAGUGUGGUGGGCACCACAGACACACAGUCCGCUGGCGUUGUGGCCGGCGUGGAGUCCGGCUCUGGCAAACGGAAGCUCCACUGCUGCAUCAGAGUGUCAACCGUACAGGUGAGCAAGGCCCUGUGGGGAGUUGCCAUGGUGAUGUGUGUGUGCUCCUCCUGGGCAGGCUCCACCCAGCUGGCCAAGCUGACCUUUAAGCAGUUUGACGCCCCCUUCACCCUUACCUGGUUCGCCACCAGCUGGAACUGCCUCUUCUUCCCACUCUACUACAUCGGCCACCUGUGCAAGAGUCCAGAGAGGCAGACGCCCAGACAGAGAUUCAGGGAGUGCUGUAGGUUUUUCGGGGACGACGGGCUCACGCCCAAGGUGUUUCUCACCAAGGUAGCUCCCUUUGGCCUGCUGUGGAUCCUCACCAACUACCUGUACCUGCAGGCCCUCAGGAAGAUCAACACAACAGACGCGUCUGCGCUCUUCUGUUGUAACAAGGCCUUCGUCUUCCUGCUGUCUUGGAUUGUACUUAGAGACCGCUUCAUGGGGGUCAGGAUAGUAGCUGCUAUCUUGGCCAUAGCAGGCAUUGUAAUGAUGACCUAUGCUGAUGGAUUUCACAGCCACUCAGUCAUUGGCAUCACUUUGGUCGUGGCCUCUGCUUCGAUGUCAGCGCUCUACAAGGUGCUCUUCAAGAUGGUCCUGGGCAGUGCCAAAUUCGGAGAGGCUGCACUCUUUCUGAGCAUUGUUGGAAGCGCCAACUUUGUUUUUAUCAGCUUUGUGCCGGUCAUCCUGUAUUUCACACAUGUGGAGUACAUUGGCUCACCUGGAGACAUCCCCUGGGCCUACCUCUGCGGGGUUGCAGGCCUGCUGUUUGCUUUCAAUGUCCUGGUGAACUUUGGCAUUGCGAUAACAUACCCAACAUUAAUCUCCCUUGGCAUCGUCCUAAGUGUUCCUGUAAAUGCAAUGGUGGACCUCUACACAUGUGAAAUUAAUUUCAACACAGUGCGCCUCAUUGCUGUAUUCAUCAUUUGCCUGGGUUUCCUCAUGCUGCUGUUACCGGAGGACUGGGACAAGUGCAUCAUCCAGCUCAGCACAAAGCUCCGCAAGCGUGACGAGCCAGCAGAGGGAGAGGCAGGCGCCACCACAGGGCUCAACUGGAGAGGGAGAUCCAGGACCUCCAUGUCAACAUUUGCACAUUGACUCCAUGAAAAAUGACCAUGCAAACACACACACACACACACACACACACACACACACACACACACACACACACACACACACACACACACACACACACAGACACAGAGAAGGAGACACAUUCACACCUCUUUCUGACGAUGGUGGGACAUUUGAUCUGCCCUCUCUUUCACGAAGCUCCCUGGAUGAAAAAAGUAUUUUAGACUGCCCUCUGAUCAGUAACAUUUCGGUCAAGUGGGGAGAUGCAGGAGGCACAGAUUGUGAAUCACUCAUUUGGCGUCCUUUCCGCUCAGAAGAGUUGGUGCAUGGACAUGGACAAUAUUAAUUGUAACCUCUCUUACCCAAAAGAUUAUCAGGUAUAACUGAUUGAGUCAUGUAUUCAUUUUGCUUUACCUCUCAAUCAUUCCAUGGAUUCACUACAUCCUUGCACCUGGGAAGACUUGCCAACUUGCCUGAUAUUUUUCAUUUUCGAGGCAGGCCUAACACCGUGUGGACUUGCAGUCUUUAACAUGAACACAUUUACACCUUUAAGAUCCAAAGAAGAAUGCCUAAAAUGCUGAAUGCCUGAAAACAAAAGGGAGGCCCACAGUGGCGUCCCUCAGGUGUAAACUUAAUUAAAAAUACCUGCCUUUCGUGCAUUGUACAUAGCUGUGUCUCACACCGUUAAUGUCCUGGAGCUGUGGACCCAAUGGGCUCAUCUGGUGUGAAAGGACCUGUCUGGACACCUGAAGAUCAAUCUUAGAUGAAAAAGAAAAUCCUGAUAGAAGAGCUCAGGUCUUUUUUGACCACACUGAUUGGCCCCCUGUGGUUAAGCGCUUUCCUGGGGCUAAACUCUUCCUCUGUCAAUGCUGACACCCAUUGCUCAGGCCCACAGUUAAGUCACGAGAGAUCUAAAACCAGUGUCUCUAUAGCUAAGUUUUGAAUGCAUUAGAUGGUUCAGAUUUGUUCGUCCAAAAGAGUGAGCUCUUGCCUCACAUUUUCUGUUGCCGAGACACUGGCAGCAAGCAGUUCAUUAACCAAGCAAUAUUGGUAAUACAUGUAUUACCAGGACAUGUAUUGUCGUUCAAAUAAUAUAAAAUGUGUUUUUUUUUAACUGUCCAUUAGCUGUUCAUGCUAUUAACUGGCCCAUUUUCACAAUUGCUUCAGGUACAUUAAUCUUUGGAUGGACUAAAACCACUAAUAGCUUAUAAUAAAACAUUCAUGAAAACUUGGAACUACCCCUUUAAUAACUUUAAACAUCAACCAUAGCAAUCACUGAGCCACCCUUUGAAUUCCUAUCUCAUUUCUUGAAUCAAAUUCUAAUCAAAUGUAUUUAUAAAGCCCAAUAUCACAAAUUACACAUUUGUCUCAGGGGGCUUUACAGACUGUACAGCAUACCACACGCUCUGUCCUUAGACCCUCGACAAGGAAAAACUCCCCAACAGAAACCCCACAAUCAAAGGAGGAAAAAUGGAAGACGCCUCAGGUAGAGUGACUGAGGAGGGAUCCCUCUCCCAGGACAGACAGACGUGCAAUAGAGGUCGUGUGUUGAGAAUAGACAACAUAGUAAAAAUACAAAAUAGACAAUCUAUGUGACAGAAAUGAUGAUGUGAUCCAGACAUAACCUUUAAUAGUGGCAAUCUGGCAGAUGAGUGACACAGAAAGUCCAGAGAUGAUGCCUCGGAUGCUGAGUUAGUAACAUGCAUUUAAGGGUCAUGAAUGCAUACAGAUAGAGAGGGAGAGGAGGAGAGAGAUAUGGAAAGGAGGAAGAGAGAGGAGAAAGGUGUAAGUCCCCCGGCAGUCUAAGCUGAUAGCAGCAUAAGGCUUGCACAAGGCAAGCCUGAGCCAGCCCUAACUAUAAGCUUUAUCAAAGAGAAACGUCUUUUGACUGUUCUUAAAUGUGGAGAGGGUGUCUGCCUCCCAAACACAAACUGAGAGCUGAUUCCACAGUAGAGGUGGAUAGCUGAAGGCUCUGGCUCCCAUUGUACUAGACUUAUAUGCACAUAAACUAAUCUGCGACAAUUGUCACUUAAUUUUUUGUUUUCCUGGAGUAAAUAACAGACAUGAAAACUGUCUCCCUGUGGCUUGAGGAGAGGUGUCUUCUUCUUUCUUUCUCUAUCAAAGAAAAGUCUUAUUGUAUUGGUUUCCAUCAAUCACAUUUUUGAGGCAAUUUAACAACCGAGAUGAACCUGAGACCGCCUGAGGCAAGCGACUGGUGGAAACUCUGCCUUGUUGUGAAUGUAUGAACAUCACUCGACCACACAUGCUCGCUAUGUGCCAUCUAUUUUUUACAGUGCCAUCACAGACCGCUGCAGAGAGACUCUUUAAUAUUAUCCUUCUUGUACUCAUCUGACUGAGUUUUUUUGGAGCAAACUCUUGAUACAUCGUACAAGACUUUUUAUAUUUUUGCAUUUGGUUGCAGACUAACAUCAAAGGGACAGUGAGUGACAUCUGCAGGACGAGCAUGCACAUAAUGUAUGAGCAGAAACAGCUGAAGUCCACUUCACUGCCUUUUCUUUGUUUUGCAAUAGAAUACAUUAGCACUGUUUCCCAUUGUCAUGCUCUAUGACAAUAAAUUAUAAUAUUGUAUUCCUCUGGAAUUAUUGCUAGACAUAAAUGUAAACCUUUGUAAGGAAUGAUGAUUUUUACACUGAGAUGCAACAUAUGAUUAUCACAUUUGAGGAAGAAAUAUCUAGAGCGUAAAUAAAUGAUGGUUUAUUAGAUCUACUGUUGGGUGUCUUCAAGUGUAAUCACAUGUACUAUAUAAAAUAUUUCUUUUCAAUACA